UCCAAGAUCAACCCAAACAAAUCUCCCAAUAAAAAUAAAAAGACAAACCGGGACACAGGCAGGCAGAGGCAGUGGCACACGGAGCAAUACAGAUGAGCAAGUGACCAACCGACAGCAGCUGCGAAGCCAGCCAUUAGCCAAUCUCUCUCUCUCUCUCUCUGGGCACUCACCCCAAAACGCCGUCCUCUCAGUCAUCUCUCACUGUCCCCUGCUUCCAAGUCCAAUAAUCUGCAUCCCUCCAUUCAUCUCUUACCCCAUCAAAUCCCAAUCUGACAGUGUGUGUGUGUGUGAGACACACAUGGGACACCACAGCAACAGCAGCGGCAACGGCAACGGCAACGCCUCCACUGAUGGGGUCGUCAACAGCCCGCGUUUCAAGGGCCCAAUGACCCGCCGGGCACACUCCUUCAAGCGGGACUCAAACACUGCCACCAACGGUAAUGCCGCCUCCGGCGGCUUACUGGGUACCCACCACGAGAUCGAUCUCCAGAUCAACUCCCCGAGGUCCGAGGCCGGCCACCACGGUACUAUUAGGGAGAGAGUUGGGGUGAAGGCCUUGCUGAGGAAGCCCGCGAUCGGAUCCGCGGUGGUGGAUUUGGGGCUUGCUGGGCUCAGGGAGCGGAAGAGGCAGCUGGGUCAGUGGAUGUUCUUCUUCUUCUGCGGGGUCUGCUUGUUCCUCGGCGUUCUCAAGUUCUGUGCUUAUGGGUGGUUCGGAUCCGCCAUCGAAAGCGCUCACUCGGUUCAGGGUCUAUCAAAAUCAUCCCUCCAUCAUGUACAUCAGAUUGGCCAAAGCUCACGUCAUGAUGGGAUCAGGGAAGGAGAAGACGAAGUCGAAAGGACCUUGAUUAUGGUAUCAUCAGGUGUUGUUGGUCAUGAAAAUAGCGUCGUUGAAUAUUCAGGCAUCUGGUCCAAGCCGAACAGUGAUAAUUUCAGCCAAUGCAUCAAUCGCCCGAGAAGUCACAAGAAGCUCGAUGCCAAGACAAAUGGCUACAUCCUUAUUAAUGCAAAUGGUGGCUUGAAUCAGAUGAGAUUUGGGAUCUGCGACAUGGUCGCCAUUGCUAAGGUCAUGAAGGCAACACUAGUUCUUCCUGAGCUGGAUCACACCUCUUAUUGGGCCGAUGAUAGUGCCUUUAAAGAUCUUUUUGAUUGGCGACAUUUCAUCGAGGCUCUGAAGGAUGACGUCCACAUAGUUGAGGCUCUACCUUCUGACUUUGCUGAAAUUGAACCUUUCAAUAAAACGCCAAUAUCCUGGUCAAAGGUCAGUUACUACAAGAUUGAGGUGCUGCCACUCUUAAAGCAGCAUAAGGUGCUAUAUUUCACUCAUGCUGAUUCUCGGCUUGCUAAUAAUGGCAUCCCCCCUUCUAUACAAAAGUUGAGGUGUCGUGCGAAUUAUCAAGCACUGAGAUAUGCCACUCCAAUUGAAGAACUGGCGAACACCUUGGUUUCUCGGAUGAGGCAUAAUGGAAGCCCUUAUCUCGCUCUCCACUUAAGGUAUGAGAAGGAUAUGCUCGCAUUCACAGGCUGCAGUCAUGGAUUGUCGGCUGAGGAAGAUGAAGAAUUAAAAGGAAUGAGGUAUGAGGUAGCUCACUGGAAGGAGAAGGAGAUCAAUGCAACCGAGAGAAGGUUACUUGGUGGGUGCCCACUGACCCCUAGAGAGACUUCUCUUUUACUCAAAGGUCUUGGCUUCCCGUCGGACACAAAAAUUUAUUUAGUGGCAGGUGAAGCAUAUGGCAAUGGAAGUAUGCAAUAUUUGAGGGACAAUUUCCCGAGCAUUUUCUCUCAUUCCACUCUGUCAAGUGAGGAGGAGCUCGCGCCUUUUAGGAAUCACCAAAACAUGCUCGCUGGUAUAGACUACACUGUGGCCCUUCAAAGUACUGUCUUUCUCUACACCUAUGAUGGCAACAUGGCAAAGGCAGUUCAGGGUCAUCGGCGGUUUGAGAAUUUCAAGAAAACCAUCAAUCCUGACAGGAUGAACUUUGUUAAACUUGUGGACGACUUUGAUGAAGGUAAGAUCUCAUGGAAGAAGUUCAGUUCCAAGGUGAAGAAGCUCCACAGUGACCGAAUGGGGGGGCCAUACAUGAGGGAGCCUGGAGAGUUUCCAAAGCUUGAGGAGAGUUUCUAUGCCAAUCCACUGCCAGGAUGCAUCUGCGAAGCAAGUAGGAGAAAAUAGAGGCUGAAAAGAAAGAGCCCGAGUUCCUAUUUUCUAUGCGUGGCCCUGAGAGGAAAGAUCAACUUGCAGCUGCAGUUGUCUUGGUUCAGUGUUCAGGCCAGGGCACAUAACUAACAGCAGGAAGAAGAGUUUCCACAUGGCGUGGUCGGAACAUUGCAAAGUAGACGGUGAUAAUGGCAAGACAGUCACACAGCUUCAUAAAUAUUCAUAUUGAUUCGAAGACACGUGAAAUGAUUAUUUGUUACCAAAAGAAAAGAGUUAAAAUAGGGCUUCAAUUAUUUUGGAGGAGGGGCAAUUGUACUCCAUGCCCUUGGACAUGGAUAAAAGAAUGUCAUUUGUUCUGUAUCAACCAAUACAAUGUAAUGUAAACACAUAUUUAUGUAUAACAGAAGUUCGACAUUUUUGAUGGGAUCAAAAUGUUUUCUGAUC